AUGGCAUCUUCAGAGUCAUCCCCAAUCGAUCCUCCCUUCGCUUCUUCUUCUUCUCAAGCUGCCGGACCUUCAUCACCUAGAUCUAAAUCACCUCCAGCAGUGACCGUCGAAGACCCUGAAGAUAUGUUGCUCUUUGUUAACAAACCCUAUCAGGUGACUCGUUCAACGGUCCAGUUACAAUCGAGUCAUGCGUUUGAAGCAUUGUCCACACCCGCCCCUCCUCGUUCCGAUCCCAUCGCUCCCAAUGCUCCGGCACACCCGCCCCCAGCUAAAGGUCUCCCUCUGUCCACUCCCUCCUCCUCGUUUACUCCUUCGGCAUCCCGUCCAUCUCAAGCAGACUUAGCGGAAUUUGAUCCUUACGCUACCCCCGUACCAAGCUCGAGCUCGUCGUCCGCUCCUGCCCCACCACUGGAGCCUUCGACUCCGGCAGCGAGCAAUAUUCGCCCAGGUGCCCCACCUACAGGAAGUACACCUACUCGAUACAAGUCGGGAUCUGAAGAUAGCGUUCACUCAGAACCUGCUUUCAAUUUUUCAGGCUUCUUGAAAGAUUUGAGGUCAAGGCCAGCUGAACCCAUCGCUAAAUAUCUUAAAAGCUUUUUAUCAAACUUUGCCAAGAAGCCAUUCACGGUCAACGAGCAAAUUAAACUCAUCCAUGAUUUCCUUGCUUUCAUUUCUGAAAAGAUGUCACAGACUGAACCGUGGAAGUCCCAAUCACCCGCCGAUUUUGAGAAUGCCACGGAAGCAAUGGAGAAGUUGGUAAUGAACAGGUUAUACAACUAUACAUUUACACCUCAAUUGGUUCCUUCUCAACCUAUCACGACCGAUGACCUUGAACGAGAUGCAGUAUUUGCUCAAAGAGUGAGAUUAUUUGGCUGGGUCAGGGAGAAACAUCUUGAUGUACCAGAAGGAGAGGCUAGUCUUGGUUUCCUAGGUUUCGCCGAACAAGAACUCCUCAAAGUCAACCACUACAAAGCUCCUAGGGAUAAGAUCAUCUGUAUACUAAACUGCUGCAAGGUCAUCUUCGGCUUGAUGCGUAAUGUGAACGGGCCAGAUGGGGGCGGCGCAGAUGCGUUUGUGCCUAUCCUAAUCUUUGUAGUCCUCAGAUCUAAUCCUGAAAAUUUGCUGUCUAAUAUCGAAUACAUCACGCGGUUCAGAAGCGCUUCCAAACUCUCAGGUGAAGCAGGUUAUUAUCUGUCCAGCUUGAGCGGCGCGAUCGCUUUCAUAGAGACCAUGGACGCUUCCAGUCUGAGUAACAUCACUCAAGCUGAAUUCGAGAAAAAUGUAGAAGAGGCCAUUCAGCAACUGCCACCUUCACCCUCCGCUUCAGUCACUCGAGCGUUACCUCCUACAGAUAUGUCACCAUUCUCAACUGUCGCAUCAGGCGAAGAAGCUGCUCGACCAUUAUCACUUCCUACCACCGUUCAAGCUCUGGACGGCACCAAGCGAUUCUUCCAACGAACCAGUAAUCUUGCUUCAGAAGCUGUAAGUAAACCUCUCAGUGCUAUAGGCAAGAUUUUGGAAACUAUGCAAAGUCCGUCUGAGGAUCGAUCGGAGGAUGGAAGCGCCAGCGGUAGUGGAGACGAAAGGUCACCUGAAAGAAAUUCCAGACAGGGCAGCACCCCUGGUUCGAGAGACGUGUUCAGAAUCAGGAGAUCUGGUUUCGGUCGUGAGGAAACUCCAGAGACUCCUUCUAGGACUUUACAAGGUUUUGGAUUGGGUGUGCCGGGCGAUACAUCAGCUCCAAUCUCAAGAGCAGGAACACCCACACCUGGUGAAAACCCGUUACCAGAUUUCUCUUCAAUGCAACUUCAAUCUACCAUCGAUAUGUCUCAAGAGGUUUAUGCUCAAACGCGUCGAGCGAAUGUACAGACUUUACACCAAAUGUUCCCUGCUUUAGAUGAAGAAGUCGUCGAAGCAGUUCUGGAAAGUUGUGGUGAGGAUUUAGGUGUAGCAAUUGACAGAUUGUUAGAAAUGUAA